AUGCUCGUAUCAUUGCAAACAAAUCCGUUAUUAGCAGCAAUUACAAGAAUAUUAAUAUAUUAUGGUUAUUCAUUUAUGUUAAUUUUUGGUAAUAUUGGUAAUGCUCUCAAUGUAGUACUUUUUAUUCGAAAAAAAUUACGGACAACAUCCUGCAAUAAUUAUUUUUUAGUCUCAGCAUUUUCUAAUUUGAUUGCACUGAAUGUCACCAUUAUACCACUACUCUUUAUGGAAGCUCAACAUUUCGAAGAAACAGUGCUGUUGUGCAAAAUACAAGGUUAUAUAAUGAAUGCUGCCCUUCAAAUAUCUCGUUAUUUAAUUCUCACGGCAUCAUUUGAUCGGUUUGCUCUCUGUUCAACAAAUGCUUAUCUUCGAAAAUUUUCUAAUGUACGUAUUGCUCGUCGAUAUAUGAUUCCUUCUAUUAUUAUUAUUUGGCUUAUUAUUCCUCUUCAUAUACCAGUUUGGAUAAACUUUGAAAACAAUAUUUGUGGAUUUAUCGGAAUAGCAGCACAGUAUGAAAUUAUUUAUAGUAUUGUUAUGAUUGGUAUAUUACCACCUGGUUUAAUGCUUCUGUUUUCUUUAUUAAUAUUUCGUAAUCUUAAAUUACGACAACAACGUCGACAAAUUCAUCCAUUUAUUAUUGGUAAUUCAAUUCAACCGAUAAAUAGAAAUCGAGAUGCACGAAUAAAAGAUCAACAUGUUUUAGCAAUGUUACUUGUACAAGUUUUUGCUUAUAUUAUUUCAAGUACUCCAUAUACAAUAUCUAUGUUAUAUGUUGUUUUAACUACAAGUAAUCAUAACAAUCCAUCAAAUGAACAAGAAUCAACUAUGAUAUUCAUCAUAUAUGUUACUAAUAUGCUUCGUUUUAUUUGUCCAUUUAUGUCAUUUUAUUUAUUUUUAUCUGCUUCAAAAUUAUAUCGACGAGAAAUGAUAUUAAUAAUAUUAAGUGUCUACCAUCGAUGUAUUUUAUUAUGGAAAAAACCUGAGAACGAUCUUCAUCAUCAUCAUCAUCAUCAUCAUCAUGCUAGAACUUUGACGCGACACACUGGCCCAAUUAGACAAAUUAACCAUCGGCAACAGAAAAACCAAGCAUUCAGUAACAGUUAA